AUGAUGACGGCCGCUGACGCGGCUGCCGUCUUGACCGCGGCUGACGCGGGUCAACCCGGGCCCACGACCCAGAAACGCCAGCGCGCGGCACCCUCCGCUAACGUCGCGCAAGUCAACGCCCCCCCCCCCCCCCCCCCUUUGACUGCGCAGCAGCUGCAAGCGCUUUUCUCGCUAUUGCAGCAGCAGGCGCCCGGUACAAUUGCUACAUCGACGGACUAUAAUUUUGCGUCCGUAAAAACGGAUAAGCAGAAAGAGGCAGUUGCAACUCGCACCACCAAGGUCGCCCGCGCCACCACCGCCGUUCCUGCGCCCGCCCUGCCUACUGAACCAGUUCAAGUUCCUGCAAUUCACGACAGCGACAACUCGGACAAUGACGACGGUGAGGCCCCCGACAACCUUGCCCGCCGUCGCAUUCUUGCACCCGCACCCCCCCUACCUCCCCUUAACCCGUCACCCACAGCUACUACCUUCAUGCGCAAAGGAGUGCGCGACCAGGCAGAGGUAUUUUCUGCAAUUCAAGCGCACCUGAGGCAUGUCGAGUUCAAGCUCCGCAACGGCGACGUCGAGGGCGCACUCUCCAACGUGGCGCAAGUCGAAACGCUCAUCAACAAACGUUUCGAGGUGCUCUUGGUGGCGGACGAGGCCGGGUUUGAGGCGGCGGAUCGGUUCCAGCUCUACCAAGCCAAGAGCGUCCUCACGUCGCGCUCUUACAAGCUUGCGGUAGCCGACGUGGCGGCCCUCAAGCGUGCACGCACCGGCUUCGCCCGCGGAGGUCGCCUUCCCGCUCGAGAUGGCGAACCGGAGAGCAAGGGCAUGCCAACCGGUGUGGCGCACAAGGCGGCGCACAAGGCCCCGCACCCGUGGUGUGAGAGGACCCAUGGGGCGGUGCCCCUUGCCACUAUGCCGGGGGGCGUAGGUGGAUGCACCGGUGGUGCGUAG